CACCGAUCAGUCACACUCCGCUGGUGCCACGACCCUGAGAAACACCAUCCAGUCAUUACAUCGCCCGUGAUUCUGCUAUGCGCAUCGGACGAGGAGACGCCACUUGCGCUUUGGUUUUGGAUUGGUGUUAAAUCUUUUACUGUGCAUCACUGGACAGGAUGGAGCAUUGGAGACAAUGUGCGUUAUGGCUGAUCAAUUGUAAGGUGCUGCCACCGAACCAUCGGGUGACAUGGGAGUCCGCUCAGGUGUUCGACCUGGCGCAGACCCUGCGGGAUGGGGUCCUCCUGUGCCAGCUCCUCAACAACCUGAGACCCCAGUCCAUCAACCUGAGGGAGAUCAACCUGAGACCUCAGAUGUCACAGUUUCUCUGCUUGAAGAACAUCAGGACAUUUUUGCAUGCCUGCUCAGAGAUAUUCGGCAUGAAGAAGAGCGAGCUGUUUGAGGCUUUCGAUUUGUUUGACGUUCGAGAUUUCGGAAAGGUUAUGGACACACUGUCCAAACUCUCUCAUACACACAUUGCACAGCAGACUGGAAUAAGGGCGUUUCCCACAGAAGAGAGUGUUGAGGAUGAGGACAUUUAUAACCAUCUAGAGGAUCUGAUAGAUGAGAAUGGCGUUGAAGAUGAGGAAGAUCUCUAUGACUGUGUGUACGAUGAUGAUGAGGGAGGAGAGGUGUAUGAAGACCUGAUGAAGGUUGAGCUGGUACAACCGCAGGAACUGGUGAAACACACCCAUGAUGGCACAGACAAGAGUAAUUUACGGCAAGCGCUGGACGCCAUGAAGUGGUGUCACGGAUUCUACCUCACACACAAUCAGGGUCAAAAUGGCUUUGAGUUCUUCUUUAAAACCAAGGAACUAAAGAAGAAAUGGCUGGAGCAGUUUGGCAUGGCAUUAUCGAACAUCUGUCCAGAGAGCGGGAAAAGUAAUUUCCAUGAGUUCCGAAUGCACACUUUUGAGACGACCACAUCCUGCAGCUCGUGUGAAAUGCUGCUGAGAGGAGUCUUCUAUCAAGGGUACCGCUGCUCCAAAUGUGGUGCUGGCGCCCAUAAGGAGUGUCUUGGUAGGGUGGACGUCUGUGUCAAAAGCAGUGCUGAUUCCAGCUCUCUCGGAUCUCAGAUUGGAAAAACACCCUGUCAUGGAGGAGACGCAGAUCUACCUAAGAUGCAGGUCAUCCGUAAUUAUUACGGGGUUCCGAGCCCCCUGUGUAGCCCACCGCUUAACAUCCAGGUUGGUGACAUCAUUGAAGUGAUAGAGGCAAACGUCCGUAGCCGUUGGUGGAAGGGUAAAAUCCUGGCAACUAAAGAGGUUGGCUUCUUUCCAAGCGAUGCAGUGAAGCCUUGCCCAUGUGUACCAAAACCUGUUGACUACUCUUCUCAGCCUUGGUUCGCAGGCCCAAUGGAGAGGCUUCAGGCAGAGGCCGCGCUGCUCAACAGGAGGAGCAGCACAUACCUGGUCCGUCACAGAAGCCGAGAGUUUAACGAAUAUGCCAUCAGCAUCAAGUACAACAACGACGUGAAACACAUCAAGAUCUUAACAAAGGAGGGAUUCUUCUACAUUGCAGAAAACAGGAAGUUCAGAAGCAUUUUAGAGCUGAUCGAGUAUUACAAACAUCACUCUCUGCGGGAAGGAUUCAGGACACUUGAUACCACUCUGCAGUUCGCCUACCGAGACCCGGAGAAUGGAGCCAACACCCCGCUGCUCUACGGGCUGUCUUUUCUAACUCCCGCCGGCUACAGCUUUGUCCCCCCCUCUACCGCCCCAUUCUGGUCAGUGUUUACUCCUAAGGUGAUGGGUGUGGCGAUUGCCCGCUACGACUUCAGCUCUCGGGACACGCGGGAACUGUCUCUGCAGGAGGGUGAUGUGGUGAAGAUCUACAGCAAAACUGGAGCCAAUGGCUGGUGGAGGGGUGAAGUCAAUGGACGGGUGGGCUGGUUCCCCUCCACAUACGUAGAAGAAGGCGAGGAGUGAACGGCUCAGCGAUUGCUCACAAGAGAAAGGAAAUGGAGCGAAAAAAGCACACGGACUGAGUCAGAAAUAGGGCAAGCGAUUGGCCGGAGCUCCUGCUCUCUCUGUGUCUUGUUUGUCUUUCCUGGAGGACAUGCAUGGUGUUUGAUAGGUGAAGGACUGUCUCUCAGGGAGCAGAUUAUCAAACACAACCCCAGACCGCAUCUUCAAAGACCCUUCCGGGUGCCUGGAUGGAGCGUCACUGGUGAGAUGGAAUGCACUGAAUCAGACUGAGGUUACGCCGUGAGCUAUUUCUGUGUGUGCGUGUGGCAGUUUGUCUGCUCAUGGGGAAACAUGCUUGUCCUGACCUUGCCUGAGUCCUCCUUACCUGCACUAUUAUUGAUGAUGCCCCCCUCCCCGUGUCUGCACUGCCCCGGAGGUGUUCUCGCACACGGCCCACAAUCCCACCCAGCUAUUCAUCUCCGAUUAAGAUCAUAGCUCCCUGCCAUGUAGGCUACGGUAAUUGAUUGCUGUCUCUUCCCUGUUUCUAUCCUACAAAAAUCUCUCUUAUUUUCAGAUUUCCACUUAAAAGGAAGGACCGGUUGUUUUGUGCAUCGCGCACUUAUCUCCAGAGAUAUAUUGUGGGCUUGUCAUGCCCUGUUUAUCUGAUUUACAUGGUACCGCAUCGUCAGGGAAACGCGCAGCAAGACGUUGACAGGAAACAAAAGGGAUCGUGGUGACAGGCCUGUAAACAGCUUUUUCAGCAGGGGCCCACGGCCCUGAAAGCAUUGUGUCACCCCAUCCAGAAAGGAUCCUGCUAGAUAGCGCAGACAGUGCCUUCUCAAUCAACUAAUGAGGAGGAUUUAAAAACAACUAAAAAACAAUGAGUGAGAUAAUUCUGUGUGUGGAUCAGAAACCAAAUGUCUCUGAUGAUGUGCAAACUAGUGGUCGACCGAUAUGGGUCUGUGUCCGAUAUCUAAAUUGCAGGGUGACCAAUGUGCUAAUAUAAUAUUAUAAUAUUACGUAUAAAAAUGUUAUGAUAUUGAUC